AUGGAGGAGACGACGGCCAAGGUUCCGCGCGACGACGCGUCCGUCUACCAGACAGAUGAGCUCCGAGGCUACCUCCUCAAGAAGACGCGCAACGGCAAGUGGCAAAAGCGCUGGUUCGAGACGAACGGAUGCUUCCUGACGUACUACAAGAAGCAAGGCCAGAAGCUCCUCGCGGCCCUCAACCUGCCUCAGGUCGGCGAAAUCGCGCUCUUGCCCGAGACCGCCGAAGAUGGCCCGGGCCUCUUUACGAUCGAGCUCAAUGAUCGGAUAUAUACCAUCAAGGCCAAGGGCCAGGACGACGCUGCGCUCUGGGUCGAGGCCCUUGUGUGGCGCCAGCAAGGUGGCGUCGUCGCCUCGAGCACGACGG